GGCUCUCUCGCUCGCGCGCGCUCAGGUCGUGACGACGACGACGGCCGCGGAUCCCGGUGCGGGCAUCGAGCGCUCCCCUCGCCGCCGGCUGUGGGAGCCACUCUCCCCGCCACCACCGACGACACGCCGGCCGGCCCUCGCUCGCCCGCUCGCCUGACUACCAAAGCUUUUACAGUUGGUGCUGCUUCAAAGACGGAAGUUUUUCUUCAGAAAUUCAGCUAGGAAUCAGGAGCAAAAAUGCGACCGAUGCGUAUUUUUGUGAACGAUGACCGCCAUGUCAUGGCAAAGCAUUCUGCAGUUUAUCCAACUCAGGAAGAGCUGACAGCAGUUCAGAACAUGGUCUCUCAUACUGAACGUGCUCUCAAAGCUGUGUCUGACUGGAUUAAUGAACAGGAGAAAGGCAGCGGUGACCAGCCAGAGCCAACAGAGGCCAUGGAGACAGCAGCUGAAGAAGAGAACAAAGAAGGAAGUGAGCAGAAGAACACUGAGCACUUGACUAGAACCCUUCGUGGAGUGAUGCGAGUUGGUCUUGUUGCCAAGGGGCUCUUGUUGAAGGGAGACUUGGACCUUGAGCUGGUUCUGUUGUGCAAGGAGAAGCCCACAACUGGUCUUCUGGAAAAAGUUGCAGACAAUCUUGGCGUGCAACUUGCUACUAUUACUGAAGAUAAAUAUGAAAUUAUCCAGUCUAUCAGUGAUGCUGCAAUUAUCAUUAAGAAUACAAAAGAGCCUCCACUGACACUCACUAUCCACUUGACGUCCCCCGUUGUCAGAGAAGAAAUGGAAAAAAUGUUAGCUGGAGAAACGCUAUCAGUCAACGACUCACCGGACGUUCUGGACAGGCAGAAAUGCCUUGCUGCCUUGGCGUCACUCCGACACGCCAAGUGGUUCCAGGCCAGAGCAAAUGGCUUGAAGUCUUGUGUCAUUGUCAUCAGGGUGCUGAGAGAUCUGUGUACCCGUGUUCCUACUUGGGCUCCACUUAGAGGAUGGCCUCUAGAGUUGCUAUGCGAGAAGUCAAUUGGAACAGCCAACCGGCCUAUGGGAGCUGGCGAGGCCCUGAGAAGAGUUCUAGAGUGCCUUGCAUCGGGAAUAGUUAUGCCAGAUGGUUCUGGUAUUUAUGAUCCUUGUGAAAAAGAAGCCACUGAUGCUAUUGGGCAUCUAGACAGACAACAAAGGGAAGAUAUCACACAGAGUGCUCAGCAUGCGUUGAGGCUUGCUGCAUUCGGCCAGCUUCACAAGGUGUUGGGGAUGGAUCCAUUGCCCUCAAAGAUGCCUAAGAAACCCAAAAACGAAGCCCCAGUUGACUAUACUGUCCAGAUUCCCCCAAGCACUACGUAUGCUGUUACCCCGCUGAAGCGUCCGAUGGAAGAAGAUGGAGAGGAGAAGUCCCCAAGCAAAAAGAAAAAGAAGAUUCAGAAAAAAGGUAUUGAGUUGGCAAGAGAGGAGAAAUCUGAACCUCCACAAGCCAUGAAUGCUUUGAUGAAAUUGAACCAGCUGAAACCUGGGCUGCAGUAUAAAUUAGUGUCUCAGACUGGUCCAGUGCACGCUCCUAUAUUUACUAUGUCUGUGGAAGUUGACGGUGUCGCAUACGAAGCUUCGGGACCUUCCAAAAAGACAGCCAAGCUACAUGUGGCAGUGAAGGUAUUGCAAGACAUGGGGUUGCCUACUGGCGUGGAAGGCAGAGAGAGGGGGGAUGAAUCGUCGGAGGAAACGGAUCAGAAGCCAGUGGCUGUUGCGACUCCUCCUGUGGUGGAAACUGUUUGUACUCCGAGUGCUGCUUCACCAUCAGAGCAAACAGAGAAUGUGAAACAGCAGGGACCGAUCCUGACAAAACACGGGAAAAACCCAGUCAUGGAAUUGAACGAGAAGCGCCGGGGCUUAAAAUAUGAACUGAUUUCAGAAACUGGCGGAAGUCAUGACAAGCGGUUUGUGAUGGAGGUUGAGGUUGAUGGGCAGAAGUUCCAAGGGGCUGGUUCGAACAAAAAAGUGGCAAAGGCGUAUGCUGCCCUGGCUGCAUUAGAAAAGCUUUUUCCAGAUGCUCCCCUUCCAGUGGAGCAAAAGAAGAAAAGAGCCCCAAUGCCGGCACGAGGUGGUGGACCCAAGUUCGUAGUGAAGCAUAAUCCGGGCUAUGGUAUGGGAGGCCCUAUGCAUGCUGAAGUACCACCUCCCCCAAGCAUGCGGGGUCGUGGUAGAGGCGGAAAUAUCAGAGGCCGUGGUAGAGGCAGAGGUGGCUUCGGUAAUGCCAAUCAUGGAGGCUACAUGAAUGCUGGAGCUGGAUAUGGAAGCUAUGGAUACGGAGGCAAUUCUGCCACAGCAGGCUAUAGUCAGUUCUAUAGCAAUGGUGGCCAUUCCGGCAAUGCAGGAGGGGGCGGCGGCUCCUCUGGUUAUGGCUCCUACUACCAAGGCGGUGACUACGGCUCUCCCGCUCCUCCUAAGCACGCUGGCAAGAAGCAGCCGCACGGUGGCCAGCAGAAGCCCGCCUAUGGCUCAGGGUACCAGUCCCAUCAAGGGCAGCAGCAGCAGUCCUAUAACCAGAACCAGUAUAGUAACUACGGCCCUCCCCAAGGCAAGCCGAAGGGCUAUAACCAAGGCAACUACGCUUCCUAUUCCAAUUCAUACAACUCUCCCGGUGGCGGCGGCGGCGGAGGAUCAGACUACAACUAUGAAAGUAAAUUCAGUGAGUUCCCUUCGAGUGGGGGCAGGGGAGCCAUGGAAGCCUUUCGCGGGCGCCUCUCUGGUUACGGUGGCGGUGGCGGACGUGGAAGCAGUGGUGCAAACAACUAUGGUUCAGGAGGUGCUUCCUACAAUGCUGGCUCCCAUGGCGGCUAUGGGGGAGGAUCUGGGGGCGGAGGGUCUUCUUACCAAGGUGGAUAUGCUCAGUCAAACUACAGCUCUCCAGGUUCAAACCAGAACUACAGCGGGCCUCCCAAUUCUUACCAGGCCUCUCAAGCUGGCUAUGGCAGAAAUGAUCACAGCAUGAACUAUCAAUACAGAUAAACUGGCUGUUCUUUCGGUUGUGAGCCUGUCUCUCCUAAACCUGCAUACCUUUUGAAUAUUGAGUUUUUAUUGCAUCACCGUAAACAUGUAAACCCUGUUUUCAUGUUGCAGUGCUCUUUGUGAUACCAGUCACUAAUGGUUGAGUACCUUGUAAUUCAUACUUAGCUGUAUUUUGGACAUUUAAUGGUGUAUUUAAUGGUUUGUUAGUUUUCCAUUUCAACUUUAGUCUGAAUAGAAUUUGAGUUCACUGGGUAUCCUUUUUCUGUUUAAAUGGCAUUCAGGUGUUACUGUAUGGCUUUAAAUCGAUACGGGAUAUCUUUUGCUAAUGCUUUUGUGAAGUGAGUUAAACGAGCUUUCUGUAUUUUAACGCUUUAGUGUUUUUCAGUUUUAUAAGUGAAGAUUUUAUUUUAAAACUCGUGGGAAAGAGUCGGGGUUUGUAUGUCUGGAUCAUUCAGACAGCACAUCUGGAUUAUGCUGAAUGUAGACAAAUAAACACAAACUCUUCAUGUG